GCUGUACCAUAGAGAGGAAGGCGGGCUUGUGUUUACGUGCGGUGCUUCCUAUGGGAGAGGGAGGCUCCUGUGGAUCUCUAUGGCAGCGGCAGUAACGUUCGCAAGGUGCCCGGGCAGCUGAGCCCUAGCGGCUCCGGCUCCCGAGCGCUGAGGGGCCGCCGGAGGUUGGGAGGAUGCCCCUGGCCGCCUACUUCUUCCUGCGGGCCGUGGGCAAGGGCAGCUACGGGGAGGUGAGCCUGGUGCGGCACCGGCAGGACAACAGACAGUAUGUCAUCAAAAAGCUAAACCUUAAACAUGCAUCCAGCCGAGAGAGGAAGGCAGCAGAACAAGAAGCCCAGUUGCUGUCUCAGCUGAAACACCCCAACAUAGUCACCUAUAGGGAGUCCUGGGAGGGGGAAGAUGGCCUGUUGUAUAUUGUCAUGGGCUUCUGUGAAGGAGGGGACCUGUAUCAUAAACUUAAAGAGCAGAAAGGCAAACCUCUGCCAGAGAAUCAGGUGGUGGAAUGGUUUGUCCAGAUUGCCAUGGCAUUGCAGUAUUUACAUGAAAAACACAUUCUACACAGAGAUCUCAAAACUCAAAAUGUUUUCCUGACCAGGACAAAUAUAAUCAAAGUGGGAGAUCUGGGAAUAGCUAGAGUGUUAGAAAAUCAGUAUGAUAUGGCCAGUACUCUCAUUGGCACACCUUAUUAUAUGAGUCCUGAACUGUUCUCCAACAAACCUUACAACUACAAGUCUGAUGUUUGGGCUCUGGGCUGUUGUGUUUAUGAAAUGGCCACGCUGAAACAUGCCUUCAACGCUAAAGACAUGAACUCUUUAGUUUAUCGAAUUAUUGAAGGAAAGCUGCCACCAAUGCCAAAGGAUUACAGUCCACAACUGGCGGAAAUAAUAAGAACUAUGCUUAGCAAAAAGCCUGAAGAAAGACCCAAUGUGAAAAGCAUACUAAGGCAACCAUAUAUCAAGCGCCAAAUCUCUCUGUUUUUGGAAGCCACAAAGGCAAAAACAGCCAAAAAUCAUAAGAAAAUAUCUGAUUCUAAGCCCAGAAGUGCUGCUUCUGUGAUCUCAGUGAAGACUGGAUCUAAUAAUGGAAACAUCACACACAAAAAACAUCCCUCUGAGCAAGCCAGGAGAUAUAGAGCCAAUGAAGAAAAACAUUUAAUCAAAGAUAAAACUUUUGAAAUUUAUCCCUCAGAGAAACCAGCAGCUGAGCCUGAAAAAAAUGCAAACAAGAAUGAAAAGAACAGCACAAGAGUUUCCAUAGCAACAGUUAGCAAAGUGGAUAUUGAUAUUUUACUGUCUGAAAGGAGGAACUCUAAAAGUGAUCACUUACUACAGGAUAACAAAGCAAGGUGCUUAAGCAUUCCUAGUGAAGUAGAAUCUAAAAUAACAUCUAAUGGCCCACAGACUAAGGAAGACCGACUACAGCAAAACUCAGAGCCAGGUUCUAGAACUGAAAUUGUGGAUUCUAAGCACUUUGCUGUUGAUGUCGCAGAUGAAGGAGAUGACACUUUGAAACUCCUGCAGCCUGUCUCAAAGGACCAAAAGCAAAAUGAUGAUCAGAGCUUGGACUCCACUGAGAAGCUUCUAGCAUCAUUUGUUCCUGUCAUAAUUCAAGACGAAGCCUCUCAUGGAAAUCCAGAAGAUGUUCAGGAAAAAAUCACUUUUCACUUACAGCCUCGUAGCUCUUUCUAUGAACCUUCUCUCUCAUGGCAGCGAUGGCAGAAGAAAAGGGAGCUAGAUGAAGUCUGUUCAGAGAAGCUCAGAACAGUUGCUCCGCGGCCCUUACCUUCUCUUCCUGAUGUGAAUGUGAAGACAACUUAUAGCCCUGCAGAUCAGUGUGGCACUGAACUUACAGAGUCUGUAAAUAGCUCUAAAAAUAGAGAGAGAGCAAUUCCUCAGGAUCGACCGUUGUCGGCAAGAGAGAGGAGGAGGCUAAAACAAUCCCAAGAAAAGAUGUUUCCUUCUGAGCCUGCGGCAAGACGAGCAUCACAUAGUGCGGUAGUUGAAGCAAAAUCACUUGUGGAAAAUCUUAUUAAAGUUACUCAGUCCUCGUCAGAUCCCAGUAUUUCUCAGAAAAAAAAAUUAACCCAUUGUCUGUCUGAUGAUGAGCUAAGCUCUUCCACAAGCUCCACAGAUAAGUCAGAUGGAGAUUCCAAGGAAGGAAAAAGCAAUACAAAUGAAAUGAAUGAUUUGGUACAGCUAAUGACUCAGACACUGAAAAUGGAUUCUAAAGAGAACUGUGAACACCCUUCAAUCCUAACCCCCGCAUCAGAGUUCAAGCUUCAUAGGAAAUACAGAGACACUCUGAUCCUACAUGGCAAAGUAUCUAAUGAACCAGAGAAAUUCAAAUUUGAAGAAUUUCCUUCAGAUGUUUUAUCUGGUCCUGAAAAGAUUAGAAGAAUGGUUGAAAUUUUGAGGUCUGAUGUGGUGCAAGGGCUGGGAGUGAAACUUCUAGAGAAAGUAUAUGACAUCAUGGAGGAAGAUGAUGAACUGAAGAGAGAGUUGCACUUACGGGAGCACAUGAGAGAAAAGUACACAGAUUACAGUGUGAAGGCUCGCCAUCUGAAGUUUCUUGAAGAAAAUGUUAAGUUUUGACCAGUCAUACUUGUCUCUUACUAUACCACCACGUGACUGGGAACAUUUGCUAAACCUGUAAUGUGGGAUUACUAGAAUUAUAAUGUACUGAAGUUAAGACCUAAAGCUCAGUUUGGCAUGGAGAGCUGAUGUGAUUUCUGUAGCUGCAAAAACUCACUGCAGUUUCUAGAAAUGGUUUAAAAUUUAAACUGUUUAAGAUACAAUAAAAAGAUGGACUCCUUACUCUGAGCCCUUGGGCAUCUUUAGAGCUCAUGUUCAAGGUUUAGAUUAGAAUUUUGUUUUCUCCAACCAGAACAAAUGCAAAUACUAAUUCCUUUUAGGAAUGGAAUAAUGAUUAAAGAAAGACUAGGUACAUUCAGAUAAAUUGGUCUAUUUAAUGUACCAUUUCAUCUGUCAACUUGUCUUACAGGAAGUUUUUUUUAUACUUUUGUUAUGUUCUAAUGUUUGACAGAACGUGUUUUGCAGGUUUGUAAAUCUUUGAUUUUUAAAGGGAUAAUUAAGUCAAGGAUAUCUGAAUUUUGUAAAAUAAAAUCAUAUUCAGUAAGUCUACAAAAUGUCCAGUUUCCUUAAUACGCUUAGUAGAUAUUCUAUCCUACAGAAUAGCUCAUGUAGAGAAAUGCUGCAGAAUAAUAGUGCCCAUCAUCAGCACAAAGUGCAUUAGAGUAGAUGGCUUCACAAAAUGGUAGGAGGCUCAACUCAGUUGUUCUCCACAUCCAUUGCAGCUUCUGCAUCUCCCUCAGUCCCACUGUUCUGGGCAUGUCUGGUUUAUAGUUAACCUUCAAGCUACGAGGAGCAAAAUCAUUUUUAAUAAGCAAAAAUUGGAGUGUUGGUACAAAAGAUGAUUUGAACAUUAAGAGUGCACACUAAAGAUCACAAGAGAAGAGGCAGCACCCUGGCCAAAUGCCAAUUUGGAUAUUAAAAUUUGCUAAGUAGCCCCACCAGUUUCUGUUGUGUUGGUAUUCAUUUCCUCUCCUAAGCCAUUCCACUCUGCACCAUUACACAGUUGAUGCAUUUAGAACAGAAAGUACUCUAAGUGAAUUUUUCAGGCUAAGGAAUUUAAUCACUUAUAAAGCAACCCUGCAAAGUUGCUGUGUUUCAGUAACAAAAAACAACAACAAAAUCUUAGGAAUUGUCUCAUAUUGUUAUGCUUCAUUU